UUUUGUUCUUGCUCUCUCCCUUUCUCCAUCCAGUUGCUUUAUCUUUUAUCCACAACUGCUCCUUUAUUUCACUUUUUAUCGCACCUCCCCUACCAUUCGUUCUCAGUUCUUAUCUCCAACUCACAUCCACUUUACCAUUUUCAUCUGUUCACAUUCUCCUAACCUCGUUUCUUUCUUCUCAUUCCACCAUCCAAUCUUUUCUCCCACUCUUUUCCUUUCCUUCUCUUCAUCUCUCCUCCCUUCUCUCCUCUUCAUUUUAUCACCCCUUCCAUCCCUCCCUCCCUCCCCAUCCCCUCUCUUUGUAUGUGACAUUUAAAGUUAUUAUCGUUACGCAGGAAGCCAAGAUCGUCAACAUCGUCAUAGGAAACUGAGUAAUGUUGCCCUGGAAGAGAUCCUCUGCAGAAGAUGGGCAGAGUUACUUAGUACCCGAGGUGGACCUCCAGAAGAUGGGUAGUGCCACUUAAUAUUCUAGGUCGGACUCUAAAAGUGGAAUAAUGGGGCCCAUUGAGUUCUCUACCAAGGUUCUCGCGUCCAAGACCUGCAGUGUCUUAGCACUGGCGGUCGUGGUGGCAGCGAAGUGCAUCACCUUCAAGGAAUUGACGUCAGGCCAGUUCGAGUUCGACACGUUAAGUUGUGAUGCAACCUGUAUGGGGGUGGAUCGUGCUGUGUAUGGUACGGAAGUGUACCAUGAGGAUUCUGAUAUAUGCCUGUCAGCGCUUCACAUUGGUGCCAUCUCCAACAGAGGAGGUAGUUUCUCCAUCAUCCGGAGCACAGAAAAGCCUGAAACAGUCGACGGCAGCACCUUGAAUAGGAUUAAUUCACAAAGCAGGGAUACACUCACCUCUAAAGCAGUGUAUAAAAUUGUGAAGACAAGUCCUGCUGUUACUCGGGAAGAUCUGCGUGCAGAUGUGGUGGUGGUACACAACUCUUACUCCGGCACUGCUCACUCAGGCACUGAAGAAUUGUCCUUAACCUGCAUCGCCCAGGAUGAAACUACUGUGCUCACCAAGGACAGCAUAACCAGAUGGUCGUAUACAUCAGAUGGCGCUACAAGGAAAGAAACAACAGUUAUUAAUUCACAACAACUGGUCAUGAGGAUCUCUGGCAGUAACUUACACGCUCUUCGCUGCCUGGGCAGAAGCUCCGCCACUGAUGUAUUGGCUGUUAUACCGCUCCCCACAGCUGAUUUUCACUCGCGGACACCGACAGUGAGGUUCAGCAAGGGCACAGAGGUAACUAUCCCGCUAGCCAAGAGGUAUCUCACACUGCCAGAUAAAGUGUAUGUUAGGAGACUGCCAGAUGGUUGGCCGAGCUACCCUGAUCACCAGCUGCCACUGAACCUUGGGCAAGCCAAACUCCACUACACUGGCGUCCACAUUGUUCACCCUGAUAAAAAAAACAGAGAGACAAAUGGAGCUUACUUUGAUGUUAUGAUUACUGAGUGUGAAAAAGGAAAGUACGGUGUUGAAUGUUCAGAAGAAUGUCCCAAGUGCCUACACGGAGGGCAGUGCCACCCUCAGACUGGCACCUGUGUCUGUCCUCCUGGUUUUAUAGGUGACAAGUGUCAGUACGCUUGCUUACAAGGGAAAUUUGGAGCAGAGUGUCAGCUGGGAUGCGACAAAGACACACUCAAAUUUGACGUAACCUACAAAGGAACCUGUUAUGGCCUCGUCAUCUGCCAUCCUGCGCCCUACGGGUGUUCCUGUGCCCCUGGUUACACGUUCUUUGACAACUAUAAACAAAACCCAAUCUGUACACGAGAAUGCCCAAGUGGAACAUUUGGUGCGCACUGCAGUGAGACGUGCAGCUGGUGUUUGAAUCAAGAGUGCAAUCGUUUCUCGGGCACUUGCAUCCAUGGUUGUCGACCUGGAGUUAUCUGCACUAAUGCUCCCACGAUGCCACAAGUGUCUAUCAGCAGCUGUGUCCGAGGACUGAGAGUUUCCUGGGAAGUCAUCACUGGUGACUUCUACUUCCUCACUUAUCAGCUUGUGGGGUACAGAAGUUGUGGAGGAAGACUGAGCAGUGAACCGAAGAUCACCCUAGUUAAUGCUUCAUCUCCGCAAGAAAUCUCAAACUUGAGACCUUAUGCUAUUUACAAUGUUUGUGUAGUGGCCGCUAAUUCAGGAGGUCACAGUCCUCAGCACUGCGUUGAUGCUGUCACACCUCCUGAAGCUCCUGGCGUGAAAGUGAUCAACUUAACCUGUUCGACGGAUUAUUCGGAAAUUUCGUGUGACUUAUACUCAUCAGAUGGCUGUACAAACUACAAUGGACCAAAUAUAUACUUUACUGUCACAAUUGAGACUCACAUCACCUGCAAUAAUACUUUUCAUCAACUCUCGCAGAAUGUGUCGCUCUUUACUUGUCCUAGUCAAAAAGUGUCAGUAACCUUCUCUCAAGUUUUGGCAGGACAGAUGUACCAGGUCACAGCACAAAUGCAUAACUCCGUAGGUACUGGAUACUCUCCUGCCUCCAUCAACGUUACUACACCACAAACCAAACCACCACCUGUGCAAAACCUGACGAGUGCUGUGAGAGACAGUAAUACAGUUCAGAUGUUUUGGAAUGAUCCCUGCCCUAGCAAUGGUGCCAUCACUGGAUACUAUAGUAAUUAUGAUGGAAAACGCUUAGGACCAGUAAAGUGCACCACGUCGUUAGUGUUUGAUCGCUGCCAUACCAUCAGUCAGUUAUCCACAGAAAAAAAUUACACAUUCCAGGUAGAGGUAAUAAAUUCGUUUGGUAAAAGUGAAGCAACUGCUGCCUCCAUUGAGCUGAGGAUGAGACAGCCAAGUGCCCCAGAGUCCAUCGCAUCUCUUCGAGGACCCUUACAAGUAGUUCUGUUCAUCCAUCUGCCAACUGAUCCCGGCGGAGUUCUACGUAACUGUACAUUGUCUCUCGGUAAAAGAAACCAAUCAUGCACUGAGCCUGCCAAUCAGAGUUCUCCCAUAAAAUGUAAGUUUAAAGGUUUGGAACCCGGAAAGACGUACGAUGCAGAAGCCUUUUGUUGCAACGCGAAGUUCUGUGGCAAGAAACUGACACAGCAAGUUGCUACUAGUCCAUUAAAACCAGAAAUUGCAAGUUCUCCAGUUGUUGUAAAGAAGACAAAAACUACUAUCACUAUCAGGAUGCCUUUCUUGAUCACUCAUGGUGAUGGUCAGAGUUUUAUAGCUGUGGUGGUUCAUCAGACAGACAAAGUUAUCCAGAAUAUUACAGCUGAGACACUGCGGGUGUUUGAGAAUCAUUGGCAGACGGUCCGUGAGAGGAGAUACACCGAGCAUAUUCACAAGCGCCAGACAACACAGAGUCGACAACUAUGUACAGAACCACUCUGGAUUGCUGGUCUUUUGGAUCAGGGCACAACGGAGUUUGAGAUAGGAGACGGUGGUACUUACAAUGGCUUCUUCAACUGUCCACUCAAGAACCAUCAGGAAUAUAAUCUGGGAAUAAUGGCAAUAAUGGAUCUCUUAGGUGAAAGGAGUUAUGAUGUACGUAUGGUAGCAGAGAGUGUAGUGGCCGAGCCCUGGGAGUCAUCACCCUCAACACUCUGGUCGAUGAUCAUCAUUCCCUUCCUUGUGAUCAUCAUCAUUGUAGCUAUUUAUUUUAGAAGACGUGGGAAGUUACAACCAAUGGUCACAUGUAACACAGUGAACAGGACUGAGGAUGCACGUUCUUCUGGUUUCUGUACUACACUCGCAGACAUCACACAAGACGCAGCUUUAACUGAAGACAGUAUUUAUGAGACAAUUCCAGAGGUUCAGAUAAGUGGUGCGGAAGCAAGUGAAGGCAUCUAUGAGAACAUUAACACAGGAGGUGUCAGUGAGAAAGUUAACUUGCCCAUAACACAUGUUCAAGCUUACUUCAGUUACUUAAUUAAGUCUGGCGAAGCUGUUGAAAAUUUUUGGAGUACAUCAGAGACCUAUUUGAAGAGUACAUAUGUUGGACAAAAACCAGAGAACAAGCUCAAAAAUCGCUCUAAUAAAAUCAUCCCAUAUGACGACACGAGAGUUUUGCUCUCUGUGAUUGAUGGUGAUCCCCAUUCUGACUACAUCAAUGCCAGUCACGUUUCCGGAUAUGGUAAUAUUGGCUAUAUUGCUGCACAAGGACCAAAAGACACAGAUGUAUCUACUAUUGGUGAUUUCUGGAGGAUGAUUAUGGAGCAGGAUAUUAGUGCCAUCAUUAUGGUCGCCAACUUCUUCGAGGGAGGAAAGGUCAGGUGUUUGUUCAAAAUGUAUAUAAAGAAAUAUUGGUUGAAUUUAGCCAAGAAUCUUAAAUUAACAGAAUCACUUGAUUACUUGAUUACUCUCUCUCUCUCACACACACACACACACACACAUACACACACACACACACACACACAUAUACUGCGCGGAAUAGACGAGGUGGACAAAGACGGGAUGUUCCAGAGAUGGGACACAGACACAAGAGGUCACAAUUGGAAGUUGAAGACUCAGAUGAAUCAGAGGGAUGUUAGGAAGUAUUUCUUCAGUCAUAGAGUAGUCAAGCCGUGGAAUAGCCUAGAAAGUGAAGUAGUGGAGGCGGGAACCAUACAUAGUUUUAAGGCGAGGUAUGAUAAAGCUCGUGGAGCAGGGAGAGAGAGGACCUAGUAGCAAUCAGUGAAGAGGCGAGGCCAGGAGCUAUGACUCGACCCCUGCAACCACAAAUAGGUGAGUACAAGUAGGUGAGUACACACACACACACACACACACACACACACACACACAUACACACACACACACACACACACACCCAUACUCCUCUCUCUCCCUCUCCCUCUUUCUACCCUUUCUCUCUCCUCUCUCUCCCUCUUUCUACCCUUUCUCUCUCCCCCUCGCACCCUCUCCCUCCUCUAGCCUUCUGUCUGUGGUUAAAAAAAAAAAAAAAAAAAAAAAAAAAAAAAAAAAAAAAAUGGGUGGCCCUAGAGGACGGAAAACCAGUGAUCUGGUAGACGAACCAGGGAGGAAAGACUGGGAGUUAGAGCUCCAAAAAAGGGAGGAAGAGUGGGGAAGGAAGAUAGUGGAGCUUGGUAAGAAAAUGGAGGAGCGGAUAGCUGAAGAGUGCAGGAAGUGGGAAGUACAGGUCUUAGCAGCAGAAGCUAGGAUACAGUGCUUAGAAGAGAAACUGCAAAGCCUGAAACAGAUUAGAGAGACAAAUGACAAUUCAGAUGUGACAUCAGGAAAUUCAAUGUCAGGCGCAGACAAGGGGACGGUAAGCAACAACGGAGACAUGACGUACACGAAGGCCCUAUCAGACCCACGUGGGGCCAGGGAAAAGACGAGGAGCACACUAAGAUCAAAUGACAGGUCCGAAGACAAUGAAGGUAUGCUAUAUGCAGAGAUUUUAACAGCCAACUGCAGUAGCAAGGGACAGCUGGUCA